AUGCUGGGGAACAACGCCGUCUGCAGGCUGACCGUGGUCGCACACGUUAAACUCAUGGUCGGAAAAACUAAACAAGAAACAACACACUCUCUUCCUCCUCCUCCUCCUCCUCCUCCUCCUCCUCCUCCUCCUCCUCCACCCCGCCGUCCCACUCGUCAGACUGGCAGGGUGAGUCCGCUCACUCUGACAGCCUGGGAUGUUCGUUUUCUUCUAGACAGCCCGAGACGCGGGCGUCGCCUUUGCCAUGCAGAACAACAUCGUGGGACGACUGCCCUGUCUGCCGCAGGGCAUCAACGAUUGGCUGAUGAGCCUCCACCUGCCUCAUUGGGGGAGGCAAAUCCGCCACCAUCAUCCGCGUCUACGAUCCACCGAUAACCAGCCCUGA